UCGCUCAUACCCGCGCGAGUUCUAAAGGUGUCGUGGGUAUCGCUGAAAUUUGGAUCCUUUUUCGAGAGGGGGCGGAGGUGGGUGUGGACACGUGCACCAGCACACGUGUAGAUGUGGGAUCUUUUUGUCGAACGACGGAUGUACUUGGGCCGCUUAUUUACGUCCUAGAUACGGUAUCGGGUAUAGCAAGAGCGAGUGUAGCACUGGAGCCACAAUCGGUGCAGAAUUUCGGCAACGGUUCGCGGAAGUCCAGCGACACCAUGUCCGCGGAGACGGGGGACACCCUGGACACCGAAUUGGAGAAUGUUUUGCAGCAGAUAUUCAUGGAAUGCAACGACUUUAUAUCGACGCCGGAUUCGACGAGCGACGCGAUCCCGAUCAUCAGAUUCAUCAAAUACGUUCAGGAUGAAUUGCCGAACCUGUCGAUCGACAAUCUGGAAGAAUUAUGGAGGUGUUUGACCGCCGUUUCGACGAGCAAUCGCGUGAAUUUACAUCAAUUCAAGGAGGCGACGAAGUGCUGGAUCGCCAAGAUACAACAGGACAGCAAUAGCAAUGCCCGGGAGAAACUCUACUUCGUGAGCGAUGCAGACUCUUCGAUGAAAACCAUGGAUGUGGAUAGAGAUAUCGUGGAAUUGGAGCUCCGUGAGAAAUUACGUGCAGUUUCUGAGGAGAACAUUUUCCUUCGCGACGAGCUCGAGCGGUACCAGGCGUUGAUCGACAGUUUCAAACAACAAUGCAGCACUACUGAGAAUAAGCUAAAGUACUACAUUCAGAAAUGUCAGGAAGUCGAAAAAGAGAACGACGAGCAGAAAGUUAAAAUAAAUGAAUUAAAUGAAAGGGAAGAGACCAUGUCCUCAGCCCUUCGGAAAUAUAUGAAAGAGAAUGAGAAGUUGAAGAAGAAAUUGGAAGCCGCGCAGAUUGAGGUACAUACUAUAUCAUCUUUGGAAGAAAAACUGGAGAAGAUCACCAAAGAGAAAAUGGAUUGUAUGAAAAAACUCAGCAAAAUGCAGAAGGAAGUUAACGAAAAGGAUGAAAGUUGCAAACAAUUAGAAACCAUGGUGGUUAAUUUCAAGGACACGAAUAAUAACAUGAAGGAGAGCUAUGAACGCGACAUUUACGAACUGCGGGAAAAGAAUCGCGAACUUGUGGACAAAAAUGCGGAACUGCUGUCGUUGUCAUCUUCUAGCGUGUUUUUGGCGCCCAAAGAAAGAUUUUCGAUGUCGCCAAUUCCGGACACAAAUAGAUGUAACAUGCAUAGCACGCCUUAUAAAUCGGAGGAAGUGCCGCUUCAAGAUUCAUUAUACGCAGAGUUGAAGACGUCGGGCUUCACAUUUGAACGCAGCGGAGAGGACGACAUACAAGCACUGGAGGAAGAACUGAAUGAAUACGACGCCGCGAUUUCCGCGACAUUGGAAGAUCUAGAAAAAGUUAAACAGUUUUUUGUUACGGUGCGAGGUUUCAUCGACGACUCAUCUUACCCGCAAGACACGAACGAAAGAGCUAACAAGGUCAACGAAUUGAAACACAAAGCAGCUUUUCUACUGCAUAUGGCAGAAGAAGAGAUCACGAGGCGUGACACGAGGCGAGAUGCGAGCACGCAGCUCCGAGCUGAUCCGGCAAAUGCGACCGACAGUUUGGACCAACUUGGCGUCAGGAGUUUCCGGGAUCUGUUGGACGCGUAAGUUAACAGCGUUCGCAACGAAACAAUAAUGGGAAACACUUGCGCGCCUGUGUGCGAAGUCAUACAUACUCGGCGUACCGUAAAUCGAAGUGAGGAUAAUUUUGCGGAAGAAGAGUCUAUCGCGAGUCUGUUAUAUCGAACGAGUUUUACAUAGGCAAGCGGUGACCUUGCGGACGAGUUGAUUCUUAUGAAAGUCCGAAACGCCGUUCCGAUUAUAGACGUUACAAUAUCUUGAGCAAAUAAAAAGUCGCAUAAACGGGAGAAAUAUCGCUUCGAUUUCCGAAGCAGAUGACCAUUCGAUUCGAAUAUCUGGAUCAAGGUCGGGUAUAGCGGGCGGGUCUUCAGGGUUUCCCAUAAAAAUAGCGGUGCCGCGCGUUUCUCGACGAUUGCUCGUUGCCUGCACAUAUGACGGCGCUCGCGAAUGACACUCCACGCAAAAAUAACCGAGUUGCCCUGAAUCUCGCCUUAAAUCAUGAUUUUCAUCUCAGCUCUCGCAAUAAAAAGUGUUUACCGGCCAAUCUAACUUGCGUUCGGGUUUCAUCUUCUAAUUUUCAAAUUCGUAAAGUUUUAUAGUCAGAAUUUAUUCCUGACUUUUCGUUUUCUCCUUCAAAAUGCCUCUGCUUCGAAUUCGCAACGCGUUAAACACGCUUGUUUAUUAGAAGUGCAAUUAUUAUAAAUGCGCUUAGAUAACAUAGAAAUCUUUGUCGUUAAUUACGACAAACUCGUUUUUUUCCACGUGAGAGAAAGAAAAAUAUCCGCGAGACGACUUGCCGAGGAGAAUUAGAAUUGACAUGUCAGAUAUGGAUAAGAAAUAUUCUCAGACGUUUAUUGACUCUUUUUUUCCUUCAGACCACGCGCCGCGGAAGCUA